CUCCGAUCAGCAGACAAGGCUCGAGUCCUCCGAGACACUUGUGAUUUUUGUUCUGGGCAACUUUUCCUGUCAUAUUGACCAAGUGGGUCAAACGCAGAGGCAGAUUGAAAAAAAAAGGGGGCCGCCGGAGUCAAGUCAAAGAACAGCGUGCUCAGUCCAGUGGAUAUUGGAGAACUUUAAAAGGUUGCAGAGUGUCAGACAGUCGAGAGAAUGGGAAGAAAGAAAAUACAAAUUUCUCGGAUUCUGGACCAGAGGAAUAGACAGGUCACUUUCACCAAACGUAAGUUCGGCCUGAUGAAGAAAGCCUAUGAGCUGAGCGUGCUGUGUGACUGUGAGAUUGCCCUCAUCAUCUUCAACAGCACCAACCGUCUGUUCCAGUAUGCCAGCACAGACAUGGACAAGGUCCUGCUCAAAUACACAGAGUACAGUGAGCCACACGAGAGUCGCACCAACACGGACAUACUGGAGACGCUGCGCAGGAAAGGCCUCGGUCUGGACAGCUCAGAGCUCGACAGUGAGGAGAGCAUGCAGGUGUCAACAGAUAAAUAUCCUCUCAGCGAGGGCAUGGACCUCUCUGUGGCCCGACAGCGCUACUAUACUCCAUCACUGCUGAGCCCAGAGGCCCAGUUCCUGAUGUCUGCAGGUGGUGAGAAUGGCUUUUCUAACUCCUCCGGGUCCAGCAUGGUUUCCCACCGAACUCCAGCCUUCAAACCUCUGGGGUCGCGACCAGGCUCUUCUAGCCCUGCUGGCCCCCCCACACACACUGCCUUCAUGACUCCACACUCAGGUAUUGGCUACUCCGUGUUCUCCCAUGGCAACCUGAGUCGGGCCAUGGACAAGAGCCCACCUCCUCUGAACCUGGGCAGUGACGGCCUGAGGGGAGAGGCUGUCAGUCAGGGCAUGGGGGCCACGCGGGCCAACCUCGGCUCUGCUAGAAGCCUCUUGUACCAAGGUUUGCACCCUGGCAGCUCCAUGGUAGCCAUGGGGAAGGCAGGACUGCUGGGCCACAGUUUGGGAGGCUACGGCUUGCCCUCCCCUGGAGCCUCUGAGUACAGCCACCCAGGUUUUCCUCACUCUGUCAGCAUACAGCGAGGAGCAGGGCAUCCCUGGCAACCAGCGCAGCCACCUCAGGAGUCCCAUGGGCCUCAUAUCAGCCCAGCGAUGUCCAGCGGAGGGUGCUCCUUCCCUUCGCAGGCUUCUUCAUCAGGCUCUCCACAUCUGCCCUCCCUCAACCUCAGCAUCAAAUCAGAGCGGAGCUCUCCUGAGCACAUGUCUUCACCCACCUCCCCUCCUCUACACCACCUCAGGCAGCAUUCUCCAAUGAGCAACCCCGAUUCUGCUUGCCAUACCCCCCCUGAACCCUAUCCAGCCAAUGAGAGAAAGGAGUUUCCCAAAGCCGGCUACCCACCCUUGGCCCAACAACUUGGAGAUGAAGAAAAAGGAGGGCAACCUCUCAGGCAGCUAGAGAUCAGUGAUGGGUGGCAAAGAUAGCUGACUGAUACAGUACAGGCCACCCCUCCUCCACCAUCUCCCAUUCAACCAGCUACUGUCCAUCAUGCCCAGCAUAACAAAACCUCACACACACACAUGCACACACACGCACACACACACACACACACACACACACACACAC